UCCCAGCACCCCUGGGUGGGGGCGGUGUUGGGUCUGCGGGGAGGGGGGCGCUCCUGGCCAGGGUCCUCUGUAUAAAAGGAUCUCUCGAAAUGGUCUUGUCUGCUGAAAAACUCCGGCACCCUAAAAAAAAUACGCAGUAAUUUUUUUUGAAGCUGUAAUGGAGAAUGAGCUGGCAAUGACUUUCUUCUUGUCGCUUUCCAUUGCAUUUUUCUGCGAGAGCCACAAUCAUGGAGUGGAGACAGCAACUGCUGAACAAGUUUUGGAAAAAACCAUUCUAGAAAGGACAGCUGGUAUCAACCCCGACUUGGCAGCACUUACGCAGAGGCAUCACCUUCAGGAACUCUUUCACCGUUAUGGGGAGAACAACACUUUGACAAUUGAAGGGUUUAGAAAACUGCUGCAGAAUAUGGGCAUAGAUAAAAGGAAAAGAAUCAAAAUAGACCAUGAGCAUGAGCAUGAUCACCAUCAUCAUAAUCAUGUCACACUAAGUAAAAGCUUUGACAGAACAGGUUGCCCAAGUCAUGAAUCUGAGGGUAUACACAAAGAUCUGAGGAGCAGUCAGGCCAAAGAAUUUCACAGAGUAGAAAACGCUGAGCAACAACACAGUUUUACAAGCAAUAAGAAUGUUGCUAAUGAAAUAACUACACCCAACAAUGCCACGACCACAGAUAGCAGUGCUGAGUUACAGAAUUUGGAAUCUGGAGAAGUGAAGUCUCUUCGUGUAAGUCUAACUAACCCCAAUGCCAUUAAUGUAACAGAAAGCAGCAAUACAAGUUUGGUUGUUAGUGGAAGAGCAGACGAAUCUUUUCCGCUGAAGGAACCUGAAAAAGGAAGUUAUUUGUAUUCUAAAUUUAAGAACAAAAGUACCCAAGAGUGCUUCAAUACAUCAGAACUGAUGCGGUCUCAUGGAAUAAGCACACAAGUACUGUUGACUGCUACAGAAUUUAGCUAUCUCUGCCCAGCUAUUAUUAAUCAGAUUGAUGGCAAAUAUUGCUUAGUCCAUGCAACUAAUGAGAAAGCUGAAACUCCUCCAAAAAGCUUUUCUUUGGAAAUAGCUUGGAUUGGUGGUUUGAUAUCGAUCUCUGUCAUCAGUUUCCUUUCGUUACUGGGUGUUAUAUUGGUACCUCUGAUGAAUCGUGUAUUUUUCAAGUUUCUUCUAAGUUUUCUUGUGGCACUGGCUGUUGGGACUCUGAGUGGAGAUGCCUUCUUACAUCUCCUUCCACAUUCCCAUGGGAACCACCACCAUCAUCAUGAGAAACCAUUACUUGAACAAAGUAAAGACUCCUUGUUCAAGCAUCUUGUUUUUCACAGUGCAGAAGAGAAUGUUUAUUUGGAUUCUACGUGGAAGGGCCUUACAGCCCUGGGAGGCCUUUAUUUCAUGUUCCUUGUUGAGCAUUUGAUCACUUUAAUUAAGCAGUUUAAAGACAAGAAGAAAAAGAAAAAAAAUGAAGAUGAUGCAGAAAGUAAGAAGUUUUCAACAAAUGAAGAAAAGUUAGAUGCAGAUGAUCGCUGCUUUCAGUACUGUGUUUGCUUGGCUACUGAACUAUCCAAUGUGAUAGGCCCUUGGAUUGCAGGGCCUGAAGGUUACUUAGGUACAGAUUCGCAAGAUCCAUCCCACUUCAUUUCUCAGCAACCAGUAGUACAGGAGGAAGAAGAAGUCAUGAUAGCUCACUCCCAUCAAGAGGAAGCUGACAAUGAAUAUGUAUCCAGGGGUUGUAGAAACAAAUGUCAUUCUCAUUUACAUGACACUUUGGGACAGUCGGACCAUCUCAGUCAUCAUCAUCAUGACUACCAUCAUAUUCUCCAUCAUCAUCACCAUCAGAACCACCAUCCACAUAGCCACAGUCAGCGCUACUCACGAGAAGAGCUGAAGGAUGCUGGUAUAGCUACUCUAGCCUGGAUGGUGAUUAUGGGUGAUGGACUACACAACUUUAGUGAUGGCUUAGCAAUUGGUGCUGCCUUUACAGAAGGUUUGUCUAGUGGCUUAAGUACUUCUGUGGCUGUGUUUUGCCAUGAAUUACCACAUGAGUUAGGAGACUUUGCUGUACUUCUGAAAGCUGGCAUGACUGUCAGACAAGCUGUUCUAUAUAAUGCUCUGUCAGCUAUGCUUGCAUACCUUGGAAUGGCAACUGGGAUUCUUAUCGGUCACUAUGCUGACAACGUUUCAAUGUGGAUAUUCGCACUUACUGCUGGUUUGUUCAUGUAUGUGGCUCUUGUUGAUAUGGUGCCUGAAAUGCUCCACAACGAUGCGAGUGAUCAUGGAUGCAGUCGCUGGGGAUAUUUCCUGUUACAGAAUGCUGGGAUCCUGUUAGGCUUUGGGAUUAUGCUGCUUAUCUCUGUGUUUGAACAUAAAAUUGUAUUCAGCAUAAAUCUGUAACUGAUUGCCUGUUAAAUUUGGUGCUGAUGUGUAAUAGGCAUCUUUUUAUAUUAAUUACUGUAGCUGUAUAGUACAGCUGUAGGACUGUAGCUACUGUACAUGAAAGGUAGGCUUUUCAUAGACUAGGCAUUUUUCAUCUGUUUCCUUUUUCCAGAAGUAAAAUUAGAAGUGUUAACUACUUACAUGUGAAUCUUAGUUUAGUAAAUAGUACAAGGCAUAGAUAGCUAUACUCUGUGAAGCAUGGCGAAAGUGCCAAAUCUAAAAAGGAAUAUUUUUUUAGGUUUUUUUUUUACUUUAAGUUAUUAAGCUUUUUGUAAACUUAUAUAUUGCAUGUAAUUUAUGUAAAAUCUUGCCGCUGUGUCUCUCUUUUUUUACUGAAAUGAUUUGCUGGUAUAAACAAAUAAAACAGUUGUUGUGCUAUACAA